AUGAUAGAAACCAAAGAUGAUAAACACUAUAUGGUGCCGUUCCCUAUUGAAGACACUAGCGAGAUAACUACCAUGUACAAUUCAAGUACUGCAUUAUCUGAAAAGGGAGAAAGUUGCACUAGUACAUCGUCUUUUCCAAAAUUACAGAAGGCGUCAAGUGUUCCUCCCAAGUUGACUAAGAAAAUAUCCCAGGAUUCAGAGAGUUAUCACGAUGACCUUGCGUUAGAAGAUGGACCUAGCUUGGAUACCUGUGCUGAAUUGAAGACGGUAAAGGAGAUGGUAAGGCGUAUUUCCUCGGAACCCUCCCCUGGAGCUAAACAUCAUAAGAAGCACGUUGAGUACGCAUCGACCGCGUACGGUGUUAGAAUGUUGAGUAAAAAUCUAACGAAAACUAAAGUACAACUGAAUGUAGAAAAUCUGAUUAUUAUUACAAAAACUACAGAUGUCUCAUUAAUAUUUCUAACAAGAGAACUAGUGGAAUGGCUUUUGACUACUUUCCCAAAUUUGAAUAUUUAUGUUGAAGACACUUUCAAGGGAUCAAAUCAAUUUGCAGCUGACGAAAUAUGUGAUGAUACAAAAUGUAGAGAAUCAAGAAUAAGAUAUUGGAAUCAGGAAUUUAUAGCCAAGCAUGAUGAUUUCUUUGAUUUAUGUGUAACCUUGGGUGGUGACGGAACGGUUUUAUUUGUCUCCACCGUUUUCCAAAAAUCAGUGCCGCCAACGGUCUCCUUCUCAUUGGGUUCAUUAGGAUUUUUAACAAAUUUCAAUUUUGAAUAUUUCAAACAGGAUCUAAGGAAAAUACUGACAGAAAAGGUAAAAAUCAAUUUAAGAAUGCGACUAGAAUGUAAGAUUUAUCAUAGAAAUAAACCAGAAUAUGAUUCUGAAACGGGUAAAAAGGUAUGCAUAAUGGAACAAGUAUCAACGCAUCAUGUAUUGAAUGAAAUGACUAUUGAUAGGGGUACCUGUCCGUUUAUCUCGAACUUAGAGUUGUAUGGUGAUGAUUCCUUGAUGACAGUGGCUCAAGCAGAUGGGUUGAUCAUUGCAACACCAACAGGAUCCACAGCUUAUUCCCUAAGUGCGGGAGGCGCUUUAGUACACCCAAGCAUCAAUGCUAUAUCGGUUACGCCAAUUUGUCCUCAUACAUUAAGUUUCAGACCUAUUCUAUUACCUGAAAAUAUGAACCUGAAGGUAAAGGUAUCUUUAAAAGCAAGAGGUAAUGCAUGGGCUUCAUUUGAUGGUAAGGGAAGAUUUGAGUUACAAAAAGGUGAUUACAUAACUGUAUCAGCCAGUCCAUAUGCCUUCCCAACAGUUGAAUCAUCGCCAACUGAAUUUUUUGACGGAAUAAGUAGAACUCUAAAUUGGAAUGUCAGAGAGCAGCAAAAAUCAUUUACACAUAUGCUUUCGUUGAAGAAUAGGAAGAAACUUGCUAUAGAAUCCAAUUAUGAACAUGACUCCGAUGAAGAUAUUGAGGAAAGAAAAUUGGAAAAGCAAUUAUCAGGAGAGCAUCUCACUGAUAGUAGUGAGACGGAGAAUGAGAAUUCAAAUGACUAUGAAGAAGAGAUACGGGUUGCGCUUCCUAAGAUAGAGACAGUCCAUGUUUAG